AUGAGCAACGCUGUAGAUUCCCUCCUGAUCCGCCUGAAGAUACCCGGGCUGAUCCCGAAGUUCCGCGAGAAGGGUCUGGACCGCAUCGUCACCCUCCGCAAGCUCAGCGAGGAGGAACUGCGCAGCAUCGUCCCCGAUGACGAGCAGCGGCAACUCAUCCUCGGCGCCAUCAACAACCGCGGCACGCACGACAAGAAACAGACGCAGCCCUCCGGCGCCAUGAAUCCCCCACGAAACGCGGAGGACGGCGGCCGCGGCACCGGCGGGUUUCCCCGCGGCUCCUCCCGCGGCGGCGGGCGGAUGGGCGGCGGUGGCGGCCGAGGCGGACACGAGCGGGGAGGUCCCGCCGCACACGACCGCGGGGGCCCUGUCGGCGGCGGUGCCUUCCCGGUCAGGCAGCGGGCGUGCAAUCACUUCUUCGCCGGUGAUUGCAAGUACGGCGAUAGCUGCCGCUAUAGCCAUGAUCAGGCGGUGUACCAGAGGGAAACUGCGGAGGGUGUGGUGCGACGCCCGCAUGAUUCACCCGGCAACACAGAGGACUACAGCGAGGUCUGUGUAAUUCCCACACACCGUAUUAAGUUUUUGCUCGGUAAUAAGGCAGAAAGACUUAAGCAGAUCCACGAUGCAAAUAAAACACACAACAAACCAUUUAAAUACGUUGAAUCCACCGUUGAAAAGUUUGAAUUGGUGGUAUAUGGUUCGGAUCCUCAAUCUGUUCUGCAGUCAAAAAAGAUGAUUCUUGCAUGUGUUGGUGUUACGAAAGAAAAGGAACAGAAGAACCGUUUAAUGUACACCAUCAACGAACUUGGCAGCAAUCAGCAUACAGCAAAAUUAUUAGCUGCUUGUAACAUCAAAAAUGAGGGAACCAUGAGGGAAAUUUCAGAAGCAUCAUUAAGAAAUGUUAUUUCAUUUCUUCGUUUCGAGAAGCAACAAGACGUCCGUCACUUCUGGGUUAAUACCACUAACGAUCGUCACAAGUUGGAAACCAUCGCCACAAUAGUUGCUCAGUUAAAGGGCGUGCAAGCUAUUAUGUUUUGUGAUCAGAAGCGUGUAGCAGAAAUGAGCAAGGUGCCUUUGAAGAUUGCACGUUUCUUCAAUGGUGUUAAUCCUUUAUUUAUUCAUCGUGAUCUUCCAAAGGAAGAGCGUAUGAAGCAAUUACAUGAUUUCAAGGUUGGUGAAGUGAAUGAGAAUGGUAUUCGUGAACGUUUGCUCGUUACCAAUGAGGAUUAUGCAAAGUUGGCCCGUAAAACCAUCGUCCCUUAUGUUAACCUUAUCAUUAACUUUUCGAUGCCAAGAACUGAAGAGUUCUACCUACUACAAUCCCUCGUUGCGGGUCGCAAUGACACCGUGGGUGUAUCCAUUCUAUGCGUGAGCGCGUACGAUCAAAACACAUUCCGAGAAAUGCAACAAGAUAUUCCGUUUACGGCGCUGGAGGAUGAGAAUAGCUUCAGCGAAACAGCGCUGCAGUUGGUAUACGAUACGGUGGAGAAUCCACUUACCUCUGAGGAUGCGGACCCGCCAAAUGAUUGGGCGAGUAAGUUGAACCCAAAGAAGGAUGGUGACUCGUAA